AUGAAAACCGAAUCCCCUACUCCAGGCGGAAUGUAUCACGCUGAUGGCACGAAUGAGCUAGGGUCUUCCGACACUCACUCUGGUCUCCAAGACACCAUCGCCAUUGACUCUGACAGCGACGAAUCUGACAUUUCUUCUUGUAUUCCUUCAUCUGAUACUAUUGAUGGAAGUGACCUUCCUUCCAGGGUCAAAGAGUUCAGUGAAAGAUGUCUCAAUAGCCUCCCCCUUAACCUCAUGACCGCUGAUUUUAAGAACUACCUAUUCUACAACUCGAACCAGUGCCUUGAAGAAGCCAAAGCGAGUGGUGUCGACCUCGAUGACAUUGCUGUUGGCAAUGACUGUCUCCCAACUUGGUCUGGACGAACUUGGGAUCCUACCACAGAAUCUCUACACGGCAUCAUCCAGUCUCGCCUCGCCACGCAAGAUGAAGCUCAGCAAGCCGGAAAGUUGGCGCGCGACGAUAUCAUCUGGAAAACAGGCGUAAAGCUGUAUGAGGCCAGCGUCCAAGGUAUCCCACUGGAGGAUAUCUACAUCGCAGCAGAGGAUGCGAUCCGAUAUCUGCAUCAUGAGGACGAUAAUGAGCAGCAAACACCGGCUGAUGACGAAGAUUGGAUCUUACCUACCUAUGAUUUUGAGACUGAACAGGUACACGACACUGGAGCGGUAUCGCUAUCCCAGAGUACGACCUUCGUGUCGUCUGACGAUUCCACCUCCUUGAGCCUGAUGUCUCCCUGCUUCUCCAACACUGAUAGCGACAGCGACAUCGACAUCGACAGCGAGUCAGAUCCCGACAUCGAUUCCGACGAUGUCGAAGACUUUGACGACACGUUCUCAGUCGACAACAUGUUUGAUCCCGAGCCGCACUAUCUCGAUUCAGACGAUGAAGAAGAGCUAAACAUCUUCCACGGUGCCCAUGUCGUGGGUCUUCCGUCUCAACAUGCCAACGUUGAUCUCGAGAUGUACGAGGCCUCCGAUGAAGAUGAGGUCGAAGACCUACCAGAGAUGGAACUUUGUAUAGACGGAGAGCUCUACAAAGCGCUAUUCGAUAUCGAGGGGGAGAACUCUUCGAAGAAGGAGAGGAGAUAA